AUGGCCGCAAAGAUUCCAAGAAACUUCAGGCUUCUUGAGGAGCUUGAAAAGGGAGAGAAGGGCUUGGGAGCAGAGGCGUGCUCCUACGGUCUUGCGGAUGGCGAGGAUAUGAUGAUGAGCAAUUGGAACGGCACCAUUCUUGGCCCACCCCAUAGCGUCCACGAGAAUCGGAUAUACAGUGUCCAGAUCCAUUGCGGUCCUGACUAUCCUGAUAACCCCCCAACUAUCCAAUUCAUUUCGCGCGUCAACAUCCCAUGCGUCGACCAGAAAACGGGAAAAGUCGAUCCUGCCAAACUCCCCUGUCUGGCCCAGUGGAAACGAGAAUAUACCAUGGAGACGAUUCUACUUGAGAUCAGAAGGCGAGUAUUCGACCUUCCAUCUACCUUCCGAGCGUAG